AUGUUCCCUAGUAUCAAGCAACGGAAGAAUCGGUCACAGAGACUAAAAGGACAUGAAGGGUUUUCAAUCACAAAAUACGCCGGCAAGAUGGAGACUGCUCCUAGGCAAGGACUAGGCCAACGUUUGAUCGACAGAUUCCCGGAAGAGCUUGGUGUGACGGAUAAUACUUUUAAGAUCCAUGUUGGCGGAUGGACACUUGUUUUGUUCGGUACCGUUGCGUUCGAUGGUUUAUCCGAGCUAGUGGUCAAGAGCUGGGAGACGCUGGGUAAAGCUCAGCUUAACGGCAAUCGAACCAAAACGCGCAAAGCCUUGCUCAGAGAGCGAAUUCCGCUCGAGCACGAUUGGGACAACCCUUUCUGGGGCAACGACGAGAUCAAAAUGAUUCGCCCUAAGCCACCUUUCAUGAAAGGCGGUAAACGAUACUGGAACAUCGAAUUCAAGGAAGGAGAGGAAGCCAGCACCUUGGGGUUGAAGAACUGA